AUGAGAUUCAGGUGCUGCGAUAGUUUAAGAGUUCUGCCACAAAUACCCCUAUCGCUGUUGAUUGCGAUGCCAUACAAAGUUGGCGGUCAUAUUAUCAAGCUCGAGGCCGAGAGCAGGGAUGGUGCUGAUUUCCAAAUACUCUCCGCCCACCCUCGACUAUUGCGUUUUUGUUUAAACGAAGCCAGUUUCAAUUACCUUAUUAGGCUCAAACGCAUCAUUCAUCUUUACUGUGACAUAGCCAUUAUCUACAGCACGCUUCUCCGGAAGAUCCCCUACUACGACGACAUCACCAGUAUGACGAACCGAACAAAACACCACCUCUUAAUGCUAGAGCAGGACUUCAAUGCCCUUUUAGGUCCGGAGUCCAGAGAAAUGAAGGAUGAGUUUCAAGUCCAGAAUCGAGGACUAUGGGAAAACCGCUUGUACGAGGGCUAUGUGAAAAAAAUGUGCAUGCUUUCCGUGGAAUCUGCCAUCGAGGUGUUCGAUGCCACCACCAAGACGCUCAAUUGCAUCGAUAUCUUUUUCAGUGACUUUGAUAAUCUCAAGAAACUCCUUAUUCCGUUUCUUGCCAGCCAUACAAAGUCACUUCAGCAUCUGCUUGCCAAGUCGUUGUACUUGUUCAAGUUAACCACCAUAACUGAUGAUGUCGAGUCGAUAUGUGGCUCGGACCAAAUCAAUUCUUCUGUGUCAAAACAAUUGAGAAAAAUUGAAAAAAUCACCGCUGGCAUCGAACGAGAGUCUACCAUCUUAAGGACACUUUUCCGUACGUUCGACCCUUCAUUGCAGCAAUACACUAGUAUUCUAUUGGGGAAAGCCAUUCUCAAACGAGAUGUAGAUCCUCAAGAUUGCCAGAUUGUCCGCAGACGAAACAUCUGCUUCCAAGCGGCCGAGCAUGUGGUGAGCAUUCCUCUUUCUGAAAGCCAGUUCUCCGCCUUAAGCAUCAAGUCCAUGUCACGAUACAUGUUGUGGGGAUUCUUUGUACUAUUUCUAUUGGUGUCAUUGAUGGUCCAUCGACUUGUUCGUUUGGUUUCCGGGUGGUGA